CACACGUGCGUGGCGUGUGGAGCGCCGGCAGUGUUGGCGUGCCCCACCUGCCACGACGAGUUCUACUGCUCGGAGCGCCACAUCACGGAGCCCUACCGAACCGAGAAACACGACCUGAUCUGCGCCUGGAACGUACGUGAGGCCGAGCGGGAGCGAGCUCGGGCCGCCGGACGGUGCGACUCUCCAGAAGCCGCCGGCCCGCCAGUUGUGCAGGCCUCACCGCUGCUGGCGCUGGGCAACGGGCUGCUGUUUCAACUUUGCCGCUAUCUUCCUCCAAGAGAUCUGAUGCGGCUGGGCCUCGUCUGCCGGGUGUUGCGCGCCGUGUGCAGGGACCCCCGCGCCUGGGCGCACGUCACCCUCACCCCGGGGUACAGUCACGACUAUCGUUCCAAGGAGAAGGGACUCCUAGACCUUCUUGUGCUGAAGAUAGCGCCCGCCGUGCACACAAUGAGGGUGGCGUACGAGUGGCCAGCCGUCAACUUGUCGCGGUACACCAACGAAGCCAAGGUUCUAGAGAUUGAGUUCGAAGAUGCAACUGGCGAGCUUGUCGAAGACUAUGACAAGAAGCGUCUGUUCCACACCAUUCACCACUACCGCAAUUCUCUGGAAGUAGUGAAGCUGAGCUGCUUGCAUGAGAUGGAGGUGCUGCAUCUCAUUGACCGGAUGCCACGCGGCCCGAAGAGUCCGGAGAGGAAGCUGUUGAUCCUGGUGAUCCACCCCGCUGAAAUGAUUGAUGAUGGAGAGGUGAAUGAGGGGGUGACUGAGAGGAUGGAAGUUGAUGACGACACACAAGAAUCCUCAAUUGAAUCCAUGCCAUUUUUAGACUUCUGUGAAGCCCUUGAUGCAAUACUCAAUGAUCCACCUUUUGUCCUGAUCAACAGAAACUUGCACCAAAAGGCAAGGUCUAAGGAGAUCGGACUAGGCAAGUUCUUCAAGACCUACUGUUGA